CGGGGCGAGGUGCUGACCGUCGACUGGCACCCCACAGGCGGACCUGUGUGCUACGGCGGGGCCCGGGACGGCGUGUUCUUCCGCCUCGACCCGAGGGCGGGCGACUGCCAGCAGGACACCAGCCCAGGGUUCCAUGGCUUCCGUCACCCCUCAUCAGUCGCACACCUGCGGGCCCUUGACGACGGGCAUCAGCUGCUCGCCGCUGGGCCGCGGGGCGCCAUGGCCGUCUAUGACCUGCGCUGGAUGACCCAGGAGGUCCGCCGCAGUAACAGUCGUAGUGGCAGGAGGGCGGCGGCGGUCACGCCGUCCAGGUCUGUCGUACAAAUGCCCGAGUACAGCAACGCCGCGCACAUUCACAUCGGCCUGGACAUCACACGGGUCUCGGGCGCCGGUCGGGUUGUCGCCGCGGGUAUGGACGACGGCAGCGUGGGGGUGUUCUCACUGCGAACUGGUAAAAAGCUGAGAGCCGGCGCCCUGGAUAACUUCGACAGGCUCAAGCUCGGGGACGGCGGCGGGGUCGUCAAGGCGCUGCAGUGGCAGGCGAUGCCAUGGGAAAAAGACCCGAGCCUCUGGGUGGCUGCCGGGUCGGUGGUGAGGAAGUUUAGCUUUGGGCUGGAUGAGGAUGAGGACGGGGAUUGUUGA